AUAUUUAAGUGAAUAUUGGACGGAAUAUUUACAUUAAGAUACCAUUAUAUUUACAAUUAUUAUACAAUAUAUAUAAAGGAACUGAACACAGCAUGCCACACAUUCUUUGUAGGUGUUUAUAUCUAUUUUGUAUAUCACAGUGACCUUUGGACAGCUACGAUAACAUAUGCACCCUUGGGGUAGAUAUACAUGGACUUGGAUGACGAGCCACAAAUCUAAUACUUUGAAGUCAAAAGAGAAUCAUCAUGGCUCAACAAUUGGUAAGAGACGAAACGACCUGUACUGAAGUAUUAGCUUAUGGUAUACCAUUUAACUAUGACGAUCGGUCAGGUAAUUGGACUCCAUGGAAUUUAUCCAAUUUUUUAGACGGUGCUGAGUUGCAGGGUGCUGAGACAUUGGUAUUUAUGGAUUGCAAAAGAUGGAAUAAUGAAAACAAGCUAUGUGUGAGAUUAAGACAAGUUAUGGUUAUAAAUCCUGAAGUUUUCAAAUAUAAUCAUAUGACAAGAACAAAGUUGCAGAUUACAAAGACGUUUGAAAAAGUGGGCACAACGUCACUCAUAUUUAGAACAAAAUUAAAAGACGUCAACACAGGAACAAUUUUGGUAGAUAGAUACAUGAUGGAAGUGGGAAUUAAUACCUCGUCACGCAGACCAGAAAAGCAUUCAGAUUGGUUUAUUCAGAAAUAUUCUGGCUUAAAAGAUACUGAAGUACCAUUAAUGACCAAAUCUGAGAUACCAACACCUCCUCUUAAUUGUUUUACACAGACACUUGUUGUCCGGUACAGCGAUCUUGACUGUAGUUAUCAUACAAAUCAGUCAGUGUAUAUCAAAAUUUGCCAUGAUUGCGCAGCUGCAGCAUGUAAUUCAAAACAGCUCUUGCCCUUUGAAAGUGAUAUUGGUCUGUAUUCAAUCCGGUUUAUCGAUGUUCGUUACCUAGGGGAAACAUUGGCCGAAGAUAAACUAUCUAUUAAUGUAUGGCAGGAUGAUGCUGACAAAGCCACCUUAAACUUUGUCAUUUACAAGGAUGAAAGGAAGGUCAACUACACAGUCAUGAAACUUGACCUGCAGAAAUCAACCAGAAAUAGCCAAUCAAAACUAUAAAACGGCAACUACAUGUGAAGAGGACAAGGAGCAGAAAUCAAACAGAAAUAGUCAAUCAAAAUUAUAAAACGACAACUAUAUGUAUAGAGGACAAGGGUUUUGAAUUUAGAAUUUAUUUCAAAAAUCUUGACAGAUUGCCUGAGAGAAGUCAUGUUUGUGUAUAUUGAAAACUAGCCUUUUGUGCCAGCUUAUUUGGCAUUAAUGUAAGUCUUCUUACUG